AUGAGGUGGCAUCGCGACCAGCGCAAAUCCAUCACGCUCGUGCUCCCUGCUCUGUUCCUGUCUCGGGUUCAUUUCUUCGCAGAUGUUCUGGAAGCGCAGGCUUUCCCGGCAGGCCCAGAGUUGGACCCUUGUUGGGACUACUGGUACGGGGUCACUUGCAACGAGCACGGCUAUGUCAUAAAGCUGGAGCUGUCGGACAACAGGGUGAGAGGGCCUCUGCCGUCUGCAUUAGGUGCACUGACAUCCUUGAUCAAGCUUGACUUGUCUUCGACAGAACCGGAGUACCACAUGCAUCCAAAUGACGAGGUGAACCGCGUGGAAGGGUCAAUGCCCUCCUUGGCCAUGUGUUUCCAGCUGGAAGAAAUUGAGGUUUCUGGCAAUCUCAUCUUGAAGCUUCCAGAUGACUUGUAUCUAAACGCGGAUACACUACGGUCAUUGAGUGCCAGCCGCAACCAGUUGAGGAAUAUGCCCAACUACCUCCGGCGCUUUCAAGUGCUUCACACACUCGAACUGGACAACAACAUGAUCGAGGAUGAGUUUCCUGCAGAUUUUGGCCAACUUCCAAACAUCCGGUAUGUCCAUCUGCAGUACAACCGCUUGAAGGGACGUCUGACGCAGGACAUCGUUCCAAUGACCAAGAUCCAGGUGUUCGAUAUCUCCCACAAUCCCGAGCUGGCCGGCGUGAUACCGGAGCAGGUCAUCGUCGAUUGGGCUGAAAUGAGUUAUCUGUCGAUCCUCAACACGUCCAUCUCGGGCUACAUCUCCAGUCUCUGCUUGGAUGUGCCGUUUUGCUGGAAGUUUAUGUACGACACUCACAAGGACCUGACAUGGGCCACAGUUUCGGAUGUGCCCGACAUUGUCGGCAUGACUGUCGACCUGGCUCAGACUAACUUCUUUGAUGAGACAUUCGCAAACCGUUGA